AUGUUUGGUGCACAAGUGAGUAAGGUGGAACGCGUGCUACGUCGACGUGUAUCGCGUUUUGUAAGACCUUAUGUCGAAGGCAAGAUUGCAAGAAGUAAUUCAUGCACAUCAGAAAGGAAUGUCAAUGUACUUUCCAGAUGGAAUGUGGCUUGUAUGAGCCACACGAAACGAGUGAACGUGUUGACAAUUUUAUCGGCAGCGGGAGGUAUCUUGACGAUGGCUGUUGCAAUGAAUAAUGAGGUCAAGAGCGAAUCAAAGGAUCAGGAAGAGAUAGAGGAAGGAGCGUACAAUGUGAAUCCGAUCCAGUAUGUAUCGACGCUGUUGCGUCUGUACGAGCAGAUUGACCAGAACAUGAGCAUCUUUGCGGCGCGAAUGUUGGAGGAUUUAGAGAAAAGCGUGGAGAAAGAAAAGAAGGAGAAUGGCGGUAAGCUCAAAAUGUCACCGGAGCAGCGUGCACUCAAAAUGAGCAUUGCGUUUGAGUCGACGCUGGAGAAGGUGCAGGACGCUGUCUUCCGCAACAACUACGUGACCAAAAAACAGGUCCACGACGCGAUGCAGCGGCUUGUGGCAGGAAACUUGCGUGGUGGAGGCCCAGAUGGAAAGAUAUCGGUGGCUGAAGCACAGACUAUUGACGACUUUGUUCGAAAGCUUGGACGUUUGCGAUGGAAAGUUACGGGCUCGCGCAACCUCCUGAUUCCUGGAGCAAAGUCGGCAUGGGUGGUGCCUGAAGAUAAGCCUGAUAUUACGGUUACGACGGUAAUUCGCGUUAUGGAGGAGCUGAUCCCAUUGCUGACGGAAGAAAUGGAGAAGAUUGUUGCAACGUUGCGCAAGGAGAAGCUAACGAACGCGGAAUUUCGCAAUCAGAUCUCGCAGCAGUAUAUCAAGGCAUCUGGUAAGAAAACUGAAGAGAUUUGCACGAAGUUUAAGCUGGACCUGCACGCUUUCCAGUCUGCGCUCAUGUACUACCACGACAAUGACCUUUUUGAGAAGGCGCUAGCCAAGCAGGUUGAGGAGCAGCAGAAAAGGCAUGGAUUCAAUGACAUUGGUUUGUAA